AUGCUGCAGUCGACAGCAACCGCUGCCCCGCCUCUAACAGGGAGCGCAACUCUCCAGGCACAGCCUUCUCCUCUCCAGUCUGCUGCUGCUGCUGCUGCUGCUGCUGCCACUGGCGCUGCUAUUCAGCAAGGCGCGAAAUCUUCCUCGGCCGCUGCACCACCUACGACAGCGGAAAACUCCGUUGUGGCCAACACGGCUCAACGAAAUGCAGCAGCACAGGGCCCUGCUGCCGCCCCGUCAAAACCCACUGUAGUACUAAGCUCGAGCGGUGGCGUCACCCUGCAAGCACAACGCAGGAAAAGGCGGGGCGCCAUCAGUGUAAGAAGGCCAAAUGCUGCGUUGCACAGAGAUAGCGCAGAUGGUGCUGGCGCUGCCGACGGAACACAACCCCAGCUGCCCUUUCCUUUAGCAAGUCAAGGCAGCGGCUCGCCAGCAACGGCGGAUGACAGUAGGAGGCUUCUCGCGAGAGGGGAAGGGCAGUGGAGAACGCUGCUCGCCCACAGCGACUGCGACGGUUUUUCCCUGGUGGUGGACCCGAACGACGAGCUGAUCUUUGAACAGACUUGCCAUCCCCACCAAAUCAAGUUCGGAUUCAAACCCAAGUUGGGAGGUAAACUGCAGAGGAACAUCAAUUAUCUCACAAGUUCUUAA